GGGGCAAUUACCAAAAUUUAGCUGGGUUUAACAGUAAUUCGCGAUUUUGAUACUGCAGCUAUUUUGUCGAUAUUGGCGUUCACACAGGAGUAGAGCUCGACUCCGACUCCCACCAGCUAUGGCGAGCGCUAAUUGCUGGAGGUGCCUAGCACGGCCCUCACAGAGGGUGAUUGUGCCUAAAUUUUCAUUAGCGACAUCAUCGCCGACAGCACCGGCAGCAGCUUUCACAACCUCGGCCACACAACAUGCAAUACCGACUACCAAGACACCCAAAGCCAAAGCCAAAGUCGCUUCGGGUGACAUAAAUAUGUCGAAGCAUAUCCGUUCCGGAAAGAUGUUGACGCUGAAUAGGAAGAAAAGGCGACAGCCCGAUAAGGUGAAACCGCCGGCUACGGGCGAACGAAAGGCUUUUCGAAAGCGCAUUCAGCUCACCAAUGAUAAUGCGCUGGAGGUGAAGGGUCUAGGGGAGCUAACGGCCGAGAAUAUCGUGGACCGUGGCUCUGUAGGCAAAGUGGUUGGCCUCCCGGUGGAAUUGAUAGACCAAUUGAGGGCUACCGAGGCCUUCAAACCGACACAAAAUUGGGGGUUAUUCCGGUCACCACACAUGUUACUUAGAAAAGAGACGGUCGACUUAGCGAGGCAGCUCACGACGACUAUCGAAAAUAAGGAGACAUUAAGAUUAGUGAUUACGGGGGACAGAGCGUCAGGAAAGAGCAUGCUUGGCCUCCAGGCGCUAGCCACCGGGUUCAUGAACAAAUGGAUUGUCAUCAAUAUCCCAGAGGCCCAAGAACUGGUCACAGGAGCAACAGAGUACUCGCAGAUACCCAACUCGGAGAUGUUCUCGCAGCCCGUAUACACCAUCAAGCUCUUCCAGACCAUCUCCAAGGCCAACCACGCCGUGCUCUCGCAACUCAAGGUCGAGCUCGACCACAUGCAGCUCCCGAUCUCGGUCAACCGGGGCAUGACGCUCCUCGCCCUCGCCAACGCCACUAAGGAGCCCGAGUUCGCCUGGCCCGUGUUCCAGGCCUUCUGGAAGGAGCUGCUGCUCCCCGGCCGCCCGCCGAUCCUGUUCGCGCUCGACGGCCUCAGCCACAUCAUGCGCGUCAGCGACUACCGGACCCCCGCCUUCGAGCUGAUCCACAGCCACGACCUCGCGCUGGUCCGCCUGUUCGCCGAGGCGCUCGGCGGCAAGACGAGGUUCGCCAACGGCGCCGCCGUCCUCGGCGUCUGCUCCAAGGGCAACAGCCUCGUCAUCCCGUCGAUGGAGAAGGCGCUCGAGCAGGCGGCCGCGGCCCAGGCCGCGCUGCCGGCCCCGCCGCGCGACCCCUUCUACGCCAAGUACGACGAGCGCGUGUUCGAGGCGCUGAGGGGGGUUAGUUUGCUCGGCGUCCGCGGCGUGUCGAAGCUAGAGGCCCGCUCGCUCAUGGAGUACUGGGCCGCCAGCGGCAUCCUGCGCAUGCGCGUCGAUGAGCGCAAUGUUAGCGAGAAGUGGACACUUGCUGGUAGCGGCAUACUCGGCGAGAUGGAGCGCGUUGCGCUUUACGAUGUCAGGAUGGCGAUGUAGAAAUUACGGGACUUCCCCGGUCCGGGGGCAAGGCGGCUAUAUAGGUACUGUACCUAGCUUAUAGCUUGUAAAUCUGUAUAAAGAGUUUAAGCAUA